AUGGAACGUUACUAUGCUGUCGUAUAUCCUCUUGGUAACAAAGGAAAGCUAACAAUACGCAAGCUAAAGGUAACCUUUUCUGGAAGCACUGCAGCGUUGACCCCCAAUCCAAUAUUUUCGAAUUCUCGCACAUUUUUUAAAUCCCCCACGAAUUUUCACUCAUUUAAAACAUUCGAAAAAUCAUCUAAAAAUUCUCAAACAAUUGUUGUACUAAGGACUUUGACCUAAUAGCGAUAGCUACGCUGACGUUAACUAUUGAUAUUACUUUACCGAGAAGAAAUUAUUUUGGUCCACUCAUUGGACCAAUCUUAGUGCGCUUGAAGAUUCUAUAGAUAAUUUGUGUUCCAGCUUUAAAGGCUAAGAAAAUAAACUGUUUACUUUCUUUGGCUGCGGUAAGGAUGUUACAGGUCAAAUUUAACUCAGGUUAAUUUUUUUUAACCUAGGUUGAUUCUUUAAUUCUCCUGGCCCUAAUUUUUGAAUAAUUAGGGCCAGGAGAAGUAAGGAAAUAAAUAAUCAACUUAGGUUAAAAUUUUUAACCUGAAUGUAAAUUUUGACCUGUAACACAGAUUUAAAAAGAGCAACUAUCAGGCAAAGAUUGAACGUGUGGUAGUAACGUUUCUUUUUUUGUAAGUUUUUUUACUGGACAAAGACAGAAUGGAUAAGUUACUGCCGUUCCACUAAGAGGCAAGAAGGUUCCAGAGGGGGUAGACAUCCUUGCAUUCUCCAAACAGAUGCUCUAAGGUCUGCAUCAAUCCACACACGUGACAAGAGUCACUGUCAGUAAUUUUGGCCUUGAAAAGUUUUCCGCGUGUGUACAGGAUCUGAUGGUAGGUUAAUGUUUGUUGUGCAUGGUACAGAUAUUGUUGAGUUUCUUUUCAAAGUCGUAAUUAUAGUAAUGACAUCAUAAGCAAUACCAAGAAGCAGCCCUUCUUUUCUUUCAUUUGGACUUUCUCAGAAUAACUGCACUUACCAAAACCGUACACAGUCUAGGUUAGUCGAGGGGAUGAUGACCUCGACAUAUUUUUUUUAGAGCUAAUAAUUCCUGGUUCAUGGAUCCUCGCAGUGAUUAUUAAUAUUCCAGAAUUUAUAAAGCAAGACUUUGUAGAGGAACAAAAUCCCAACUAUUGUAUUUACGAUUACGACUGGCCACAAAAAUGGAUGGAAAAAUCCUUUCUAUUGGCAGGAAUUUGCAUUCCUAUGCUUUGCUUUACCCUGAUGAUGGGGUAG